UGUCAAAGUAGAAAAUGCGAUAAUAAAUUUUAUUCAUAAAUAUGAAAACUAAAAAGUUGGCGCUCAAAACCUCCCCGGGGUCACAGGUGCGCUACUUUAUUUUCUCGAUUGACACUUCAUAAAAUAGAUGACUCUUGAAAACGGAAAACAAAAAAAAUUAUUUCAAUUAAUUUUUAUUGCACAGUAAUUAAAUGCUCAUCAAAAGAGCUGCACUUUUUAAAGCGAUCGAUUUGUAAUUAAUAUUAAUUAACUGCUACUCUCAACACAAUCAAAUAUGCAGCAUUGCAUUAUGCGCGCCAUUAUUUAAUUUAUGUACAUAGAGUAGUAUUGCCACUGCCAUUCGUCAUCAUUUCCGUUGAUAAUCGCAAUUAUUUAUAGAUCCGCAGUAGAUGUUUUGUUAUUUCCCAAAACAUUAACGCCGCUCCACUGGCCACCUGACUGACGGCCAUGCCGCCGACCGAGCGCCCGUCUGUUAUCCUUAAUCUCCUGUGUGCAUAUUAAAUGCAUUUAAUAAUGCUAAGUGCCUGCCAGCGCAUGGUGGCACCAACCAACCGGCACAGCAGCGCCAGUGGCCAGUACACGCUACGCCGUUAGACGCAACGCAACGCAUUCGUCGUUCGUAGUUCGACGUGUUGACUGACUUUAGCGAAGUUGAAGUUUCAGAAAAAACACAAGAUAAAUAGGGAAGAAUAGCAGGCAAUGGCACAUCAGACGGUGCAACCGAUACUGGUGCACUUCGGCACCCUUUUUACAUUCUGCAAGCUGCUCGGCCUUUAUCCGCAUGACCUGCAGGCAUUUCGUGGCAUACACACGCUGCAAAGCAGCAAAAUUGGCACUGCGAUUGUUGUUGUCACUAUGCUUGCUGUUGUUGUACUUUACAAUUUGCUGAUAUACUUUUUCUCGAGUGAGGAUCACGAUUUGAAAGCUUCACAAAGCACGCUGACCUUCGUCAUUGGCAUAUUUCUCACGUACAUCGGUCUCGGCAUGAUGAUCACCGAUCAGUUGUCCGCUUUGCGCAAUCAAUCGAAAACUGGCGAGCUUUACGAACGCAUACGCGCCGUUGACGAACAGCUCUUGAAGGAGAAUGUGUACGUCGACAUCUCUAAGACAGCGAAAAAUAUACUUUUAAUGAUCGUACUCACGGUCGUGAGUGAACUGAUCAUUUUGAUAUCCACCUAUAUAACGUUGGUUGACCUUACGGACUGGAAGUCGAUACUUUGGCUGUUUUCUUGUUUUCCAACCCUAUACAAUUCGUUGGAUAAGAUUUGGUUUGCGAACACUUUGAGUGCUUUGAAGCAACGCUUCUUUGUUAUCAACACGGCGCUCGAAGACAUGGUCGAGUCGCAUGAGCGACUUAAGCGUUGGACCGAAAACGGCGGUGAUGGUGGUGGCCAGAUUUUUCGAAGACCAUCCAUUGCUAAUGUCUCAAUCGAUCCGUCGCUGGAAUACCUGUAUAAAGAGCUUACUCAUAUGGAGGCGGUUAAGGCGUACAAUAUGGCGAGGAAUAAAAUUUCACCAAUCGCACACUCGCUCAACUCAUUCGGCGAUGCACUGGAGACACCAAAGAAGCCGUAUAAAUACACCAGCCAACCGCCGACAUUCAAUAUGGUCUACGAAAGCGAACUGAAUAAGGAUAUCGAAAAAGUGGAGGAGAAACUAAACAAUUUGUGUCAAUUGCACGAUGAAAUCUGCGAAAUUGGCAAACUGGUGAAUGAGCUCUGGAGCUAUCCGAUAUUGGUGCUAAUGGCCUACGGUUUUCUCAUCUUUACAGCACAAUUGUAUUUCUUGUAUUGCGCCACGCAAGGCCAAGCCAUACCAUCGCUGUUUCGGUCGGCGAAGAGCGCCACCAUAACGACCAUUUUCCUCAGCUACACCGCCGGCAAGUGCAUCUAUUUGAUUUACCUCAGCUGGAAGACGUCGCUCGAGUCGAAACGCACCGGCAUUUGCCUGCACAAAUGCGGCGUCGUGGCCGACAAUAAUUUGCUCUAUGAAAUUGUCAACCACUUAUCACUCAAAUUACUAAAUCACUCAGUUGAUUUCUCUGCUUGCGGUUUCUUCACCCUGGACAUGGAGACGCUCUAUGGCGUGAGUGGCGGCAUUACGAGUUACCUCAUAAUUUUGAUACAAUUCAAUUUGGCGGCCCAGCAGGCCAAGGAUGCCUCAAAUGCUGCGGAGACAAAUUACAAUACGAUGCUCACCACAGAAGCUGGCAACACCACAGCGCUGAUGGACUACUUCACCACCACCUUUAUGCCGUACGCACAAACCGACCUCUAUUAGUGCGGAGCGGAGCUUCACAUAUAGCAUAUGGCUAUGUGUGUGUGUGCUUGUUGGCAAAAUCUUUACAGACUGGCGAUUCAUUUGAGAUUUAAAUUGCCAUAAAUUUUGCACAUUUAAUUCACUAUUAAUCAAACACUUUGGAAUUCAAUGCGUCGAUAUAUCAAUUUUACUAUGUCUUUAUAUAUUGUAGUGUGUGUAUAACUCUCUUUUACAUACGUAUAAACGAAUAUCAGAUUUAUUGCUUCACAUAAAUACAGUUGAGUGCAUAAACUUUUAUUAAUGUCCUGACCAUUUAAACGUUUAAGAGUGCAUUAAGAAAAUGGAUACCUUACUGUAAGGUGGCAAGUAUGGCAAAAUGUAUUUUCAUAAAAAUUUGGCUCCUAAUAGCUUUUUUAACUUGAACUCAAGUUCAAUGAAUGUGGGUUUGCUAGAAAAAAGAGAAAUGUGUACUAAGAAAUUCUUUAAAAUCUUAUCUGGAAUAUUUGGUUAGGUUCUAUAACCGAUUCUGAUCUGAAUAUUGGUUUCAUGCAUACCAUCGGGAAACCUGAAAAAUCUUUAUAACUGUUUAUUUAUAGAAAGCUGCUUGAACCCAACACAAAUCAUAUCAAAUUCAUAUUCCUAGUCUUUUUUAACUGCUGCUCCAAGUGGAGGUACAUUUUUCCAUUGCCAUUUCUUGACAGAUCACGCUUGAGUCGUGUCAAGCUGUUAUGUUAUUUUUGCUCAGUAUUGUUCGGCAUUUCUUCAAAGAAAGACUUACGCCUGAACAACGUUAGCAAAUCAUUCAACUU